CUGUUUAAUGACGUCAGACCACAACAUCCCCUGUCGCGCGCUGCACACGCUAGCUGUAGUUCGACCAGUUCGAGUCAUUGGAUUUAGCGAUAGCAGAAGUCAGAAAUUCAUCGUUUUAGCAUCAGUUAUACCCCGGAAUCAAAUUCAGCCCUAGUUUUUCUUUAAUACGUCCAAUGAAAUGCGAAGACGAAGAUUCAGAAACCGGAAGAAAACAAGCUAAUCAAGGUUUUCAAUUGGAGCAAUUCUAAGCCUGUCUCCUAGUAGGUUCCGGUCCCUGUGGUCUGAGAGCAGUGUCAUGGUGGACAUUGCUGUGAAGAGCGAAGCUGCUUGGGUCUGCCAUGCGCAGGGACAUCAGUUGGCUGAUGUCCUGCUUCCUGUUCACAUCAGUAACAAAGAGGAUCAUGAAGAUGAGCUCAGUCAGCCGGAAGGAGACAAGACAAAUUGGGGCGGCCCGGUGCUGUUGGAGCAGACAGAGGAAGGCUCUCCGUGCGUCCUGACUCUCCGCUGCAGCCCCUGCUCCUCUACCGCCAUCAGCCGCCUGCUGGUCGUCAGCGAGGCUCGAACCAUGGAGGUGUACAGCCAGAUGGGAGAAUACUGUGGGACAAUCCGCGGGGAGAGGGGCGACAGUGUCCAGCCAGACAGUUCAGACAGAGGCCCUUUUUACAAGAAACAGCUGAUCCUGGAGCAUCCGUCCCCAGCCUGUGAAGUCAAGCUGCUCUCCCUGGGCGGUAGGAGCAGUGUUUUGGUGUGUCGAGUCAUCGUGAGCCUGCAGCAGCUACAGCCCUGCGCGGCCCGCGGCCCCGGUAUCGACAUGCAGCAGGUGCAGUGUCUGGUUGAGGAGAUGGGAACGAGCCUUUCUCCAGGAGCCCAGAACCUCAUGGACAUGGUGCACUUCCAGCAGAAGAACCAGACCAGCUCUCUGGGCGGCUUCCUGCCUCUCCUGAUGGGCGGUGGAGUUUUCUCCGCCCUGACUCAAGGAGCCAACAUCUCCCCAGCAGCCGUGAGCAACCAGCCCCAGCCUGCAGACUCCAGGCCUCCAGUCGGCUCCAUCAGACCUGCAGAUGAAGCUCCGCCGGCUCAGAACGGAGCGAUGUCAAACGGCUCUACCGCCUGCUCCCCAGACCCGCCGGCUUCUGGUGUCAACACUGAGAAAAUAACGAGCGGUGAGAGCGGAGGACCCGUGAGCCACGCCCAGAUGGCGGAGAUGAUGUCACACUUCCUGAAAGGCCAGGGGCGCGGCCAGGCGUCGAGCUCCGGCCCUGAGCUUCUGCCCAUGCUCCAGAGCCUCUGCGGACAGGUGACCAAGCUGAGACUGGACGACGCUGCAGAGAAGGAGAGGAUGAUGAGAAAUGGCACAUGGGAGCUGGACCCGGCCAUGGAGCGUCGUCUAGAGGAGAUGGAGAGGAGGCUGAAGGAGCAUGUGGACCGCCGCCUGGACGCUCUGGAGCAGAAGCUGGAGAAGGCCCUGCUGAGCGCCCUGCCGCAUGUCGUCCUCAGCCAGGGAGCCAUGGGCAGCAGGGAGGGGGGAGCAGCCUCCACGGGCGCGUCGGAGCAGACCGCCCUGACACCAGCCACGCACUGAGUUCCGAACCGCUUAAAGACUAACGCAACAUGUAACCUGGAAGCCUUUCUGACUCUCGUCCUUCUCCAACUAGACCUUAGUGGCAGAGGGGAGGCAAAGCAG